UUUGGGAUCUCUUCACAAUGAUGACAUGCUCUUCGAUUCCGGAUAUCUCACCUACACGUUGCCUACACCGUUACCUCAUGAUGACAAUCCCUUGUCUCCGAAUCAAUCGUUGCCAGCCUUGAGCCCUAAUAUAGGAUAUCGCCGUGAUGCCAUUGAGAGCUACUUUACUCCUCUCUCUCCCGACCUGGGGACAGGUUCGCAAAGGGGUUGCGCUGUCGAGGAUCAUCAACGGCACCAUCGUUAUGAUGCUUUCUCGAGAUGUUCCAGUCCCUAUCCAACCACCAACCAUACGAAUGCUCGACGGAGGUACAUCCAUACUCCACCACGUCGUAUCAAUUCGCAGGACUUUGGUCACUCAGAUAGCAGCCCAGACAUUUCAACCCCACCACCUGAUAUGAAGCUCGUUGUUGCCACCGAUGCCAUCAAGAUCGCCAACGAGGGUCGACGAAUCCACCCCGCGAGGUUUACUUGUGAAAUUUGCAGCCAGAAUUUCACUACGCGACAUAGCAAGGCCCGUCACAUCUCGUCGCACCUGGGCGAACGUCCCUAUAAGUGCACGCUGUGCGGCCAGGCAUUUACCAACAAGACAGACUGCAAACGCCACGAGAAGAGCAAAAAGCGCCACCAGCUUCCUCCUUGUUAAAUAACACCCAUAAUGAGGAAUUAAUAAUUUAUAAUAUAUUAAUGCCAUCGGCCGUUAAUUUGGAUGGACACUCCUUUUGAGGUUCCAGCACUGUGUAUAUACCUUUGUGUUUGCUUUCCUUUGUUAUCCCAGCUUUCAGUCAUUGCGCUUUUUCACUGCAUGAUGUCGCAUUUUAUCUUGUAGCAAAUCCUAGACUUUUAGAUUUUGAAGACACAGGCGCAUGUCUCAGCUCCCUUU